GAGGGACCGCGGGCUCCCGUCCGGACGGCGGCCACGGAGCCGGGGGCUGUGAGGAGGAACUGGGGGCUGUGAGGAGCGGCGGCCGUUGGGCUCCGGGUGUGCUGAGGGGACCGCGGGUUGGUGGGGAGGUGGUGUGAGGCACAGAACGCAGCGAGUGUUAGUGACAGCCUUUGGUGUUAAUACACCUACAGCCUUUGGUGUUAAUACACCUACAGCCUUUGGUGUUAAUACACCUACAGCCUUUGGUGUUAAUACANACAGCCUUUGGUGUUAAUACACCUACAGCCUUUGGUGUUAAUACACCUACAGCCUUUGGUGUUAAUACACCUACAGCCUUUGGUGUUAAUACAUCUACACCCUUUGGUGGGUUCGUAGCCCGCAGGGUUACGGUGCCUCUGCCGUCUGGCACUGAGGGAGGGGAUCCAGAGGUUGAAUAGCAGAGGAAUCAGAAAGCUGCGAUGGGAAAUAGAGCUGAUGAGCUGCAGGGCCUCUUCUCCCGCCUGCGGACCAGGCCAUAACAUAGCGAUGGUUCUUGUGAGGGGGGAGGAAUCUCCUGGUGGCAGCGGCCCCCAGCACAGCCCGACCUGUGUUUUGAUCAGCGACUGCAGCCAGACUCACAAAGAUCUGAUGGUGACGAUCCAGGAAAUCAAGAAGUGUUUGCCCGAGGAGAAAAGGAGCCCCAGCAAACCCAGCACCAUCAGUGCGCUCAAUUACGCCUUGCGGUGUGUGCAGCAGGUCCGAGCAAACAAUGAGUUUUUCCAGGCUCUCAAUGACCGAAGAAUGUUCCAGACGGAUGUGAUGACAUACAGCACAGAAGAACUGGUGACAGUUGCAUCAGAACACACUCCAAAAAACAGUGACACCUUUGUGGCCGUGUUUUCCCUGCUUUCUGGGCGCAUAGUGCAUAUUUCUGAGCAGGCAGCAUCCAUUCUAAACCAUAAGAAGAAAGUCUUGGAAUCCUCCAGAUUUGUAGAGCUUCUUGCCCCUCAGGAUGCAAGUGUGUUCUAUGCACACACUGAUCAGUCUCACUUGCCCCUUUGGAACACAGAAAGUCAAACAGCCUCUCUGUAUGAAUAUGCCCAGGUGAAAUCCUUUUUCUGCAGGAUCAGAGGUGGUAGAGAUCAAGAACAAGAAACACACUGGUACCCAUUCCGAAUCACCCCAUACUUGGUCCACGUGUGCACUUCUGUCCACGUGGAUGCCGAGUCCUGCUGCUUAGCUUUGGCUGAGAAGAUUCACUCUGGAUAUGAAGCUCCUCGAAUUCCUAUGGAUAAAAGAAUCUUCACCACCACUCACACUCCAGGAUGUGUUUUUCUUGAGGUAGAUGACAGAGCAGUGCCUUUGUUGGGAUACUUACCUCAAGAUUUGAUUGGAACAUCCAUACUGAUGUAUUUGCAUCCAGAAGAUCGUCCUUUAAUGAUCGCAAUUCAUCAUAAAAUCCUGAAGCUUGCUGGCCAGCCUCCUUUUGAAUAUUUACCCAUUAGAUUUUGCACUCAAAAUGGGGAUUAUGUCAUCCUCGAUACCAGCUGGUCCAGUUUUGUGAAUCCUUGGAGCAGGAAAGUAGCAUUCAUCAUUGGCCGACACAAAGUCCGAACAAGCCCUCUGAAUGAAGAUGUCUUUGCUACAAGAAGUCAAGAAACCAGCAGUGUUGAGAAAGAGAUAAAAGAAUUGCAAGGACAAAUCUACAGGCUGCUUCUGCAGCCAGUUCAUAGCAACGUUUCCAGUGGUUAUGGUAGCCUUGGUAGCAGUGGUUCUUAUGAGCACUAUAUCAGCGUCGCAUCUUCAAGUGACUCCAAUGGGAACUGUGCAGAGGAAACACAAGAACCAAUGACUUUGCAACAGGUGUGUGCAGAUGUCAACCGGAUAAAGAAUCUGGGACAGCAGCUGUAUAUUGCAUCAAGGAGCAAGACACAGCACGGAAAUGGACAGCCUAUGAGUUCAGAAGUGCUAGAAGGGAAGAGGCACGAUGCUUCCUGUUUUCUUCCGACCUUGAGAAGUGAUAGCGCAGAAGAACUGGGCAAUGCACUUCAUGGUGAUUCAAAGAAGGCUCCACAUGUUCCUUCUUAUCAGCAGCUUAAUUGUGUUGAUAGUAUCAUCAGAUAUCUAGAGAGCUGCAGCAUUCCACUAUUGAAAAGGAAAUGUAAAUCUUCUACAAAUACAUCAUCAUCAUCUUCAGAUGGUGACAAGAAAAACCAGCAAAGGCUGCAGGAGAUCAAGGCAUUGGGAGUAUUUGCUGAUGAGGAAGAGAUGCUGAAAAAGCAGACAAAUGAAGGCACUGUGAGAGCACCUCUGCCGGACCUGACCCUGUCCAACAAGUCCCCGAGUGUGGUAUCUGCCACCAGUCAGUGCAGUUACAGCAGCACUAUUGUGCAUGUCCCACACCCUGAAUCAGAAGUGACUAUAAUGGAGAAUACUCCUUUUCGAAAUGAACACAUUGAGCUGCCUCCUCUGAAUGCUCAGAAUCCUGUUACGGUGGCUGAGGAGUUGAAGCCAGUUGGGUUAACAAAAGAGACUUUGUCAGCCCACACUCAAAAGGAAGAGCAAAACUACGUUGACAAGUUCCGCCAGAGGAUCUUGCUGUCUCCAUUUAGGACUUACCUUCAGAGGGACAGCAGAAGUACCAAUGGACAUUCCUGUGACCAAGGAAAUUCUCCUUCAAAGGAGAUGAUUCCAGCCAGCUGUAAAAAUGGCAAAAAAGGAAAACUCAAGCACCAGAAACCUCAGAGACGGUCUUCAGAUAGGCGGUUUUUUAGUAAGAAUAGAAACGGUCUUCCAUCUGAGAAGAGAAGAAUUCAGAAGCAGUUGCUUUCUCCCUCGGAAGCAUCCCAUUUAAGCUCCUCCAGCACGAAUCUCUUUCCUCCUGUGGGAUUUCCCGUCUAUUCAGAUGCACUGUCUAGUUUUGCAGCCUCUUCUGUAGGAGAGGAACUUGCCAUUUGCUCAUCAAAACCUGAGCUCACAUCAUUGUCACAACUAUGCUGUGGAGCACCAUCAUUUCCAGCACUUUCUCCCCCAAACAUAGGGAUGUUUAUGGCUGUAUUUCUUCACAGUUUUCCCAUAUACACUCAGAUGCCUCAGUAUGUCUUUCUACCUGGCACUCAGAAUGUUUAUCUCCCUUCUUCAUAUCCAUGCACUGCUGUACCUCAUGCCCCUCCACCUCCUGCUCCAUCACCAAUAGUCCCAGACUCUGUGGAUCAGUCCUGUCCAGUCUCUUCUGCCACAUCCACUGAGGAGCAGCCAGAGGGACAGCAUGGCCAGGUCUUACAGCUGAGUAGCUCACGGAGCAGCUCCCCACUUCAGCUGAAUUUGCUUCAAGAAGAGCUGCCGGAAUCUGUGGAGCCUUCAGUUAGUACUGAUGUUAAAGCAUGUGCAGAAGCUGAACGUGACAAUAGUCUGGAAGAUAGUGGUAACAGUGCCAGUAGCCAUUGUGCCUCUAGUGAAUUUACUGACCGCUUGCUGCAUGAGGACUCCCAGUCAGGCGCGGGUUCAGCAGCGUCAGGCAGUGGAUUGGCAUUAUCUAGUUCUUUAGGCCCUCAAUCCUGUGAAGCUGGUACAGCAGACAGUGGGAAAAGCAGCAAGUAUUUUGCCAGUAAUGAUUCUUCUGAAACUUCCAAAGCAGAGACUGAACAAGAAAAAAAAGAAGAGGAGACACCUCAUAAAUCUGAACAUGAGUCAGCCUGGGUGAUGAUGGAUCGCACACCUGAGCAAGUUCUAAUGACGUACCAAAUGCCCAACAGAAUCAAAGAGGAAGUUUUAAAAGAGGAUAUGGAGAAGCUGAUAGUCAUGCGAAAGCAACAACCUUGGUUUUCAGAUAGGCAAAAGAGGGAGCUUGCAGAAGUGCAUACAUGGAUCCAGACACAGACUGUCCCACUACAAAUCAGCACUCAAGGAUGUGUUACAUGUGACAUCAGGGAAGCAACUUAUGAGACUACAAUGGCUGAUGACAAUAUGGAAAACAAGGGAAAACCGCUUCCAGUCCUGGAACACUGAAGACAUCCCUGCCUGUGACAGUAAAACUGGUUGUAAUAAUUCCCAUUCCCUUUUCCUUUGGCUUUGCUAGAUGCUAGCAGUGAAUCUCUCCAGCUGUUUUCUCCCACCAUGAGCAAUCAUACAUGAAACUAAACUUCUCUCCAUUAUUCCCUUUGCUCCUGUCAGGAUUUUGAAGACAGUCUUUCCCUGGGAGGUUGUUUCCCUUCCUGACAUCAAAAACUUGACAAGAAUGAUAAUGAAUGGCUUAUGUUUCUAACUUCUGAUUGCUCAGCAAUGAGCUAAAUAUAAAGACUUUUUGUUUUGUUUUGUGGUGGUGUUGUACUGGUUUUUUUUGGUUGGUUGGUUGUUGUUUUGACUGGACAGGUAAGAGUUUGAAAAGAUGCAGUGGUUAAGAGCUUACAUUGGUACAGCCCUGUUUGUUCUCCACUGAGGUGGGUGUGCUAAUACCAGUGAAUCUGAGCUUCUUCGGAACAUCCUUUGGUUUUGUUUAUUCAAUCUGCAAUCUUUUUCUUUUUUACAGUAUCUUUGCUCAUGUUGUCUAUACAUUUUGCUUUCUGUUUAUUCUUAAGCUGCACUUGUUUGUCUUUCAUCUUGAGCGUUUCUUUCUUAACUGUUGUAAAUCAGCAAAGAUUCGCACAUUCUCAGUAUCUUGUGCUUGAAUUUUAAAUGCUUUUUAAAAUAAGAAUCCUCAAUAGAUGUUUAAACAUGUAAAGUUAAAUGCUUGAGUAGAAAAGCCUCUGACUCGCACGGUAAGUGUGAUACCUUGCCCAUAAUUAUACUAUCAGCACUUUCCAAACAUGGAAUGCAGUUUUAUAACCUCACUGCCAAAAAAGUUUGGUCUAAAACAUGUAAUAAGAUGCUUUUUGUAUAGGUUCUUCCCUAGUGGGAAAGGUUCUUAGCUGACUUAUUCAUGUAAUUGAAUUGGUUCUGGUUAGCUGUACUUAAAUUCACUGCUUUAAUAUGGUUUGAGGCUUAGUGAAAUAAUCUGUUUCACCGAGUGAAAUGAAUAUUCCAAGGAAGGUCAUUUAUGUCCUUCAGAAGAGUUUAAGUGUAUAAGCCAUAAGGAAAGUGAGAUGUCUUAGCAUUAUAAUUCACUUAUUUUAUAAAAGAAUGAUACUUACUUACUUUAUUUCUUGUUGGAGAAUGUUAACCCUUCUGUGCUAACUGCUGCAUGAACCUGUGCUCAGUAGAAUCGCACAGAAGCAGAAAUUCCGGACAGUUUUUACAGCGGUGUGACUGCACACAAUGCAGGAGCAUGGACCUUGGAGCUGAAAUUCAUAGCUCAUAAUCCUGGCUCAGAGUUGGGUGUGAGACUUUAAGAGAAACGAAGUGAUGAAUCAGUGCCCUGUGUGAUAAUGGCACUAAGUUGUUUGCCCAGGAACAUAAAUGGGUCCUGUCUGCAAAGCCAGAUUUAGGACAAGCUAUUCUUUACCCUGCUGAAAUGACAGCAUCUAGCGACCAAAUGCCUUAUCAGGCCUUUUGGGAAGGACCUCAUUCCUGUAUGCUUUUAGGAUCUGGUUGUUUUUACUUUAGCUUAUAUCAGUUUUUCACUCUUUGUAGCCUGCUGAAGUAGUCAUGAUGAAAUACAGUUUUGAUCCGAAAGAGCGAUGGAGUAAAUGUUGCAGCCGGAUGUGUGCACUGUUUUAUGUGACUUUGUUUUGAUUGAUGCAAUUAAAAUGCUGGGGGUAGUUUAAA